CGCGCUGUAAAUCGCGUGGCUAAUUAAGAGGAUUAAUCACUGUAAUUAUCAUGACAAGGGUAGAUUAGUCAUUUUACCAGUCGUCUCGUCUCUACCAAAUUCAUCCACCCCCCCUUAUAUUACUCCUUAAGUCCUAACAGACGAGUGUGAGAGCGAGAUUUUUAGAGAGAGAAAACAACAACAAACAAGAAAGAGAAAAAAAACACAAAUUAAAUUCUUCUGAAACAAAACUCUAGAUAAUUCCCAAAAUUCAAUUGAAUUGUUCUUGAUUUUGCCCUUGUUUGGGUGAAUCUUGUCAUCUGAAUUUCAAUGGCGGAUCAACGUCAACGACGAAGCUGUACUCAGCAGAAACAGCAGCCGCAGCAGCAGCAGCAGCAGCAGGAGAAGGAAUUGAGUGCUGCAUUAGCGAAGAUUAUACAAGGAAGCUUAAUUCAUGUACCAAAGAAAGAUUCUAGGGUUUACUUCUUUCCUCAAGGGUACUUGGAACAAGCUUUGAACCCAGUUUCUCUCUCAUCGAUUGAUACUUCGAGAUCUUUUGUGGAGUGUCGUGUUCUUGAUAGAAGUUUUUAUGCUGAUACUGUUACUGAUGAAGUUUUCGUGAAGUUUCGGCUUAUGCCAUUGAAGUCGAGUAGUAGGUUUGUGGUGGAAGGUUCUGGAAGUGUUGGUAAUGGAGAUGAUGGUGUUGAAGAAGAUGAAGAGAGUGAGAAUGUGAUUGAAUCGUUUGUGAAGAGUUUGACGGCUUCUGAUGCGAAUAAUGGAGGUGGGUUUUCUGUGCCGAGGUACUGUGCUGAGUCGAUUUUUCCGGCAUUGAAUUUUGAGGAUGAUCCGCCAGUGCAGAAUCUGAGAAUCUUUGAUGUUCAUGGAGUUGAGUGGCCAUUUAGGCAUAUUUACAGAGGGACUCCGAGGAGACAUUUGUUGACUUCUGGGUGGAGUAAGUUUGUGAAUAGCAAGAAUCUUGUUGCUAAUGAUUGUGCUGUUUUUAUCAAGAAUAAGGUCACUGGUCAGUUGUUUGUUGGGAUUCGAAGGGCGUUUAAGCCGUUGCCGAAGCCGAAUGCCCGUGUUUCGUCUUGGGUGGUGUUGCCGCCGCCGAAACCCCGGACGAUUGGGGUGUUUUCGAGGAAUGUGAGGGGGAGGGUUCCGGAGGAUGCGAUAGUGGAUGCGAUUCAGAAGGCGGCGAGUAAUGUGCCGUUCGAGGUUGUGUAUUACUCGAGGGGUGGGUUGCCGGAGUUUGUGGUGGCAGCUGAGAAGGUGGAGGAGGCUUGGGGAGUGUUUUGGAAUAAUGGAAUUCGGGUUAAAAUGGCCCGGCAAAUCGAAGAUGGAGGCCCAAAGCCGACGUGGUUUAAUGGGACGGUUGCUUCUGUGGUUCCUGGUCCUGAUCAAGGGCCUUGGCCCGGUUCUCCGUGGCGGAUGCUUCAGGUUGCUUGGGAUGAGGCUGAUAAGAUGGAAGAAUUUAAGAUGCUUAGUCCAUGGCAAUUGGAGUGUAUUGCUCCAACACCACCACCUAUUCAUCCUACAUUUAACCCUGGCAAAAAGUUAAAGGGUGUGCAGAACUCUGUAAUGCUAGCUGAUGGGAAGGGAGAUAUUUCCUUUCCUCCAAUCGAAUUCGGUCCAAUGAUGAUGGGCCCGUUAAGCCCAUCCUUUAUAAACUACAACAAUUUUCCCGCAGGCAUGCAGGGAGCCAGGCAAUUUCCUAGUAUUUAUCUACCUAGUUCAUCUACCACCAUGAAUGACAGUUCUCAUCAGGGGGGUCCUGAUGAUAAUAUGGACAGUAGUAUGUCACAGAAAGUGGAAGGUGUAUCCACAAACCCGAAUGUUGCCAGUUCAUCUUGUGAGACACCUUCACCUGACAGCCACAACAGUGUGCAACUCUUUGGUUCGACGAGUACUGGGCGUCAUUCAUGCAACGUAACUAGACAAGGUGUCACUUCAUUUCAGCUGUUUGGGAAGACCAUUCAUAUGGUGCAGCCUCUUGCAGAUACGGAUGACAUAAGCUGUACAGAAUGUGAUGCUGAAUCUCAGAGACCCCCUGUGAUGAAACCAUCUGCUAUGUGAAUGGCGGUUUGCAAUGUGUUGGCAAUUGGGAGAAGGUUGUACAGUUUCAGGUAUGUGGCUCGGUGAGUAGAGGCACGCACCACGCAAUUUCUAGUUUAGUAUUGGACCUAUGUAGCUUGCUGAUGGUAGUUCGUUUUUCACCUAGUAUGGUUUGUUUUGGCGUUGUAAAUUUUUAUCUUAGAGACGCUUAUCAAACUAAGUCUAAAUAAUUUGCUUUGUGGUGGAGUGCUUUUAGAUUUGGACAUGAUGUAAAUUUACUCCAUACCUCGGAUGGAGAAAAACCAUUAGGGCUUCCCAAGUUGGCGUACUUUUUUUUUUACGUGGAUUUUCUUUCUUUUGCAUGUCA